UUUAAAGUAGAGGACGCUGUGCUGUAGUGUGGUUUUUAUCUUAUGCUAUACAUUAUUCUUAUGUAUAUAGAGAUAACGUUUAAUUAAAACCUAAUUCAUGCAAAAUUUGAUGGCAAUAUGAAAUCCUCAUACCAUGCAGGAGACAGUGAUACAAGUGAACCACCGAAGAAGGUGAUUAAAUUUCGUAACUAUGCCCCGAAAGAUGAUCAACUGAAAACGAAGAAAUUGGAGAAAAUAAAGCCAAAAGAUGUCUCAGAAGAGCUUACUGAGCAUCUGAAAAAAGCAAAACCUGAAAAAAUUGAGGAAGUGGAUUUAACAACUCUUGCACCAAGAAAACCAGAUUGGGAUUUGAAGAGGGACAUAGCGAAGAAAUUAGAGAAAUUAGAAAAACGAACACAAAAGGCUAUUGUCGACCUAAUACGAGAGCGAUUGACACCUGAAGACGAUUUAGCGUCAGCGGUCAAUGCAGUCACUGAAAACGGAUAAGCAGAAAAUUGGAAUUAUAUGCUUAAAGAGUCAAGAUUUUGGAAAGAAAAUGGUUUACGUUGGUUCUAAUGUCGUGCAAAAUAAUACGGCGAAAAAAAUUCAACUUGGUGGCUGUACCAGACUAAAGGUUUUGGUGUGUACAAAAUAUAAAUAUCUAUGUAAUUCUAUGCUCGACAAAAAUAUUUGUCUUAAAAUAUAUACAUUUUAAAGUGUGUUUUUAUAAA